AUGUCGACUCCCCAUGUCCUUGUUGUGGAUGAUACUCAUGUCGAUCGCCAUGUUGUUGCCAUGGCCUUAAUGCGCCAUAACAUUCGAGUGACUACUGUAGAAAGUGUUAUGCAAGCAUUGAUGUUUUUGGAUUCGGAACAUGAUGUGAACAUGAUUGUUAGUGACUAUUGUAUGCCAGAGAUGACUGGCUAUGACUUACUGAUGGAAGUGAAGAAAUCACCCAAGCUAGCACACCUCCCAGUGGUGAUUGCUUCCUCUGAUAACAUCCCAGAAAGGAUCAAAAAGUGCUUGGAUGGAGGAGCAAAGGAUUAUAUUCUGAAACCAGUCAAGACUGCAGAUAUGCCUCGUAUUCUGAACCAUAUAUGA